UUGAGUUCAUCCAUUAGAACCAAACAAACAAAGUUUUCCUCUUUAUAAUGUUAGUAUAGAUGUUCAUUACUUCAAUCGUGACUUAUAAAGAAUCCUUUUUAUGGUUUGUUUACCAUUUGGCUCAUGGCUCCGAGAAUAGGGUAGGUAUAGUUCUUUCUGUAUUCGUGUAGUAUUAUGAAAGGAUCGGCCUUUAAUUUUUAUUUAAAGCACUCCUAAAAGCAACACACAAACAUUAUCUUCCAAGUGCGGGUUGACCGCGUCCCCCGGUAACCGGAGUGGCUCCCCGAGCUCCCGUCACACAUUAAGUAGCCUAUAUUCGUCUCCUGGGCACCACCUGUCUGCUGUCUUUAAUACAUGAAUUUAGACAUUCGUAUUUAUAUGUCCGAAUUUACACUUCAUUUAUAUCAUUAAGGUGUUCAGGUGCUCUCCUGUUUCAUUCCAUAAAGAAUAUUUCAAUGUGCUGGCCGAUCUCAUUUGUCGGCUGUGGCAUAAAUAAUUAGAAGCGAGUGACAAACGUCAGCGGGUGACAAGCAGUGCUCGCUAGCAUUUGCUGAAGAGGAUGCGUGGGGCAGCAAGUGCGAGGCGCUAAGCGAUGCUGGCGGUGCUGGUGUUGGCGUGGCUGGCGAGCGCGGGCGCGGCCCGGAACGGCAGUCGCUACGCGUUCUACCGCAGCAUGGAGCGGGGCGCGCGCGGCGCGGGCGAGACGCGGCGCGUGUUCGGCGGCGCGGCCACCACGCUGGGCGCCUACCCCGCGGCCUGCGUGCUGCUGGACCGCUACUGGACGGCGCGCUGCUCGGCGGCCGUGGUGGCGCCGCGCUGGGCGCUCACGGCGGCGCACUGCGUCUCGCCGCACAUCGCCUACGUCAAGUACAACGCGCGCCGCCCCUCCUCUCCCGAGGGCGACGUCUCCGCCGUGCACUACCUCUACCGGCACCCGGGGUACCAGGUGGUGCAGGAGGACGAGGGCCGCGGCGUGGACGUGACGCUGCUGCACCACGACGUGGGGCUGGUGCGCACGCGCAGCGACAUGAGCCUCGCCUCCGCGCCCAAGCUCGACCCCAUGGCCGCCAUGCGCCUCUAUAACCCCGUCGACUUGAAGAACGAGGAAGUACAGGUGCUGGGCUACGGGCGCACGGAGAAGUCGUCGCUGGGCGAGGAGCUGUUCGAGGUGCGGCUGCGGCUGGUGUGGUGCGAGCGCGGCGCGUGGUUCCACUGCGUGUGCGGCGUGGGCGGCGCGCGGGCCGGCAGCAGCGCGCGCGGCGUGUGCUCGGGCGACUCGGGCGGGCCCGUGCUGUACCGCGGCGCGCAGGUGGCCGUCACCUCCAUGGGCCCGCUCGAGUGCGCCGGCGCGCGCCUCGACCCCGCCGACGGCGCCACCAGCGUCUUCACGGCGCUCUACAACUACGCGGACCUCAUCAACGCCACCAUCUACGACACGGAGGCGGCGCUGCGCAUGCGCAAGAUAGGCGAGAGCGCCGCCGCCUCGCCGAGAGUCGCCGCGCUCGCGCUCGCCGCGCCGCUGCUCGCCUGGCCCGCUCGGUAGGCCGACUCUACGAGUCUGCUCAAACAAUAAAAACCCUAAAUAGU